UUACUUUACCAAGGAACCCCACAUCACGUUAAAACAUCCCUUUUAUAGCUAUAUAAGCAUACAGUUAUACUCUAACCGAAUCGACUGCCUUUGUCAAGCAUUAGCACAUCUACUCCUACCGUUAUUUAUACAGUACCUACGAUGCUGGGCUUUGAGCAUUCGCGGAUGGGGAGCAACACCUACCCCAAUGGAAGGAAGACAAACGGGACUUUCUCUCUCACAGCCCCAUCGGCCAAGGGGGAAUGGGAUAUGAAGGAUGGGGCAGGACAGGCCAACGAGAGCGUUGAGCUGUCCGGAAAGAAGGGCAACUGCCCACAACAGGGCCAAUCGAAAGGCCAAUGGAGGAAAGGAAAGGGCAAAUGGCAAAAGGUGCCUUUGUCUGAAGUAGCAAAGCCGGCAGCUCCAUACAGGGACUGGUCGGUUGUCCCAAAGCCCGCGCAGGCCAAGAUUCUCCAGGACUUGGAGGCAUUGUGCCAUUCUACGAACCCACAUGUUGCUCGAAUGCGCCACCCGGAUACCUCUAGGGGGCAUGAAACCAGCCCAAGUCGGCGAUCGGUUGUGGCCAUCGACUGUGAAAUGGUCCAGGUGGGUCGGGGCCAGAAUGAGGUAGUCCAGGUCUGCGCGGUGGAUGUACUAUCCGGGGAGAUACUGGUCGACAAGGCUGUCGUUCCGACAAAGCCUGUCACAGAUUGGUGUACACCAUGGAGUGGCAUGACAGCAGACCGCUUGGAGGAUAUGAGAAGGAAAGGCAAGACAGUGAACGGCUGGGAGGAAGCGCGGGCGGAAGUGCUGAAGUUUGUGGAUGGCGAUACCAUCUUGGUUGGCCAUGCGCUUCGGAAUGAUGUGCGUGCUUUGGGGAUGAAGCAUGCAAAGACCCUCGAUACCGCCACUGUUACAAAGCGUGCGGUGUCCAAGGAAAUGGUGGGAUCUGGUUGCAAGCGAACUUGGAGGCUGAAGACAUUGUGUCAAGAUUUCCUGGGGAUAAGUAUCCAACAGUCCAGGAAUGGACACGACUGUGUCGAAGACACUCUUGCGACCAGAGAAGUGUUGCUCUGGUGUGUCCGCAAUCCGGACAAACUGAAGAAGUGGGCGAUGGAGCAGAGCGUCGUACUAGCAGUACCAAGCUCCUACUCAUCCGCCCAGGAAAGGGAGGACAGUAUACCGUUUGAAAAUGCUAAAGAUUGAUUGUAGUGUUAUAUAAUUUUCGUGCAUUGUGAUACGCCCAGUUGGAAUAAUGGAAUAUUUGGUCGAGUGAGAACUUACUUAACUACCAUACUCACAUAUUCUAGUAUUCUGGAAUAAUUCAGGUGAUGUGGGAUUAAUUUUAUAAUUCUGAUAUCCAAACAAUCCUCUACUUCUUCAUCGCUGUCCUGAAGUAGUCAUAAAGCUAUAUCUACCAUUUCUUCG